GAAACAGAACAGAAAAGACAAAGCAAUAAAACGUAUUGUUAAUUCUCUCUUGUAAUGAAGAAGCCAGAGCUCGUCUUCAUCCCCACACCGGGCAUGGGCCACCUCGUAAGCGCGGUGGAGGCUGCAAAACUACUCGUUGAUCUCAAUGACCGCCUCUCAAUCACGGUUCUCAUAAUCAAACCACUAUUCGAUUCCAAGGUCACUGGCUAUGUCCGAUCCGUAAGCGCCACCACAUCCUUCUCCAACAGCAUCAGAUUCAUCGACCUCCCCCAGCCUCCUAAAGAUGAGCUCGCGAACAUCCCACCCGCCAACUUCUUCAUUACUUACAUCGAGAGUCAUAAGCCCCUAGUCAAAGAAGCCGUUCUCACACUUGUGUUCCUAUGCUUCGGGAGCCUGGGAAGCUUCGGUGAAGAUCAGGUGCAAGAGAUCGCACGUGCAUUGGAACAGAGCGGACAUCGAUUCUUGUGGUCCUUACGCAAACCCCAACCGAAGGGCACCAUAUCAUCACCAACCGAUUAUUCAAAUUUGGAGGAGGUUUUGCCAGAAGGGUUCUUAGAUCGAACGGUUGAGAUUGGAAAGGUGAUUGGAUGGGCCCCACAAGUGAGUGUUCUGGCCCACCCAGCAGUCGGAGGAUUCGUAUCGCAUUGCGGUUGGAAUUCCACUCUGGAGAGCAUAUUGUUUGGUGUUCCAAUCGCGGCGUGGCCACUAUAUGCAGAACAACAAUUCAAUGCAUUCCAAUUGGUUAAGGAGUUAGGUUUAGCAGUGGAGAUUAAGAUGGAUUACAACAUGGAUCUUAGGUUAGAGAUUGAACCACCAAUCGUGACUGCAGAAGAGAUAAAGAGAGGGAUGGUAGGACUAAUGGAGCCAGAAAGCGAUGUGAGGAAGAAGGUGAAGGUGAUGAGUGAAAAGAGUAGAAAAGCCUCAGUCAAAGGAGGCGGUUCUUCGCACUCCUCGCUCCAAGAUUUCAUUAGUCAUGUUCUUGGUAACAUGCCAUGAAUUGAUGAUGCUAAUUGAUUGAGGGCAAUUUUAAAGAAGGGGAAAUGAGAUCCAUGGAAUUUGAAGACACAAUUCACUGAAAAUGAUUUCUAUUAAAUCAAAGAUUUUGGCCAUUAAACUGGUACGCAAGAAUUUUGUUCGGAAAGAAGUUUAAGAGAAGGGAAAUGGAGAGAUCGUGGAAGAGAGCACAUGCUAUGAUGUCUAUCAUUUUCUUCUUGUUUCUUUGAAAGCUAAAUAAAGGGCCGUUUCUUUGAAAGCUAAAUAAAGGGUCAUUUCUUUA